AUGUUGUCAGCACGUCCAGUUUUACGUAACGCAGUCCGUUCUGCUGCUGUUGCUGCUAAAUCAUCAUUAAGAGUUGCUCGUCCAACUUUGUUAAGUGCUCAAAGAUACGCUUCAGCUAAAGCUGCUCCAACCGAAGUUUCAUCAAUUUUAGAAGAUAAAAUUAAAGGUGUUUCAGAUCAAGCUAACUUAAAUGAAACCGGUAAAGUCUUAUCAGUUGGUGAUGGUAUUGCUCGUAUUUAUGGUUUAAACAAUAUUCAAGCUGAAGAAUUAGUCGAAUUCGCUUCAGGUGCCAAAGGUAUGGCUUUGAAUUUAGAAGCUGACCAAGUCGGUGUAGUCUUAUUCGAUUCAGAUAGAUUAGUUAAAGAAGGUGAAACCGUUAAAAGAACUGGUGAAAUUGUUUCCGUUCCAGUUGGACCAGAAAUGUUGGGAAGAGUUGUUGAUGGUUUAGGUAACCCAAUUGAUGGUAAAGGACCAAUUAAAGCUGCUGGUCAUUCAAGAGCACAAGUUAAAGCUCCAGGUAUUUUACCAAGAACUUCAGUUAAUGAACCAAUGCAAACUGGUUUAAAAGCUGUUGAUGCUUUAGUCCCAAUUGGUAGAGGUCAAAGAGAAUUGAUCAUUGGUGAUCGUCAAACUGGUAAAACUGCUGUUGCCGUUGAUGCCAUUUUAAAUCAAAAAAGAUGGAACAGUGGUACUGAUGAAAAGAAAAAAUUAUAUUGUGUUUAUGUUGCUGUUGGUCAAAAAAGAUCAACUGUUGCUCAAUUAGUUCAAACUUUAGAACAACAUGAUGCUCUUAAAUACUCAGUCAUUGUUGCUGCUACUGCUUCAGAAGCUGCUCCAACUCAAUAUAUUGCUCCAUUCACUGCUACUGCUAUUGGUGAAUGGUUCAGAGAUAACGGUAAACAUGCUUUAAUUGUCUAUGAUGAUUUAUCAAAACAAGCUGUUGCUUAUCGUCAAUUAUCAUUAUUAUUAAGAAGACCACCAGGAAGAGAAGCUUACCCAGGUGAUGUUUUCUACUUACAUUCAAGAUUAUUAGAAAGAGCUGCUAAAAUGUCAGAUGCUAAUGGAGGUGGUUCAUUAACUGCUUUACCAAUUAUUGAAACUCAAGGUGGUGAUGUCUCAGCUUAUAUUCCAACCAAUGUUAUUUCAAUUACUGAUGGUCAAAUUUUCUUAGAAGCUGAAUUAUUCUAUAAAGGUAUUAGACCAGCUAUUAAUGUCGGUUUAUCAGUUUCUCGUGUCGGUUCAGCUGCUCAAGUUAAAGCUAUGAAACAAGUUGCUGGUUCAUUGAAAUUGUUCUUGGCUCAAUAUAGAGAAGUUGCUGCUUUUGCUCAAUUUGGUUCAGAUUUAGAUGCUUCAACUAAACAAACUUUAUCAAGAGGUGAAAGAUUAACUCAAAUUUUAAAACAAAAACAAUACCACCCAUUAUCAGCUGCUGAACAAGUUCCAGUUAUUUUCGCUGGUGUUAACGGUUACUUAGAUGAUAUUCCAGUUGAUAAAGUUGGUGAAUUUGAAAAAGCUUUCACUGAACAUUUAAAAGCUAAUGAAUCACAAAUUUUAGAAAGUAUUAACGUUAAAGGUGAAUUAUCAAAAGAAGAAUUAGAACAAUUACAUAAAAUUACUAAAGAUUUUGUUGCUAACUUCAACUAA